CUGCGCCUGUGAUUGGACGAGAGUGCUGUCAGUUAAUCAUAGUGGCCCACCUCGCAAUGCUGCAGGGUUUGUAUCUACUGUAAAUAAUCGAUCGCGAAGAACAUCUUUCUUUAUGAAGCACAAUGUUGAUUUUAUGAAACAUCACCACUAACAUAUAAAGCCACCAUGAGUACAGUCGGUGAAAAUCAACUGCAGAGAAUAAUAAGAGAUCUACAUGAUGCAGUUUCUGAGCUGAGCAAAGAACACAGUGAGACGGGAGAGCCCAUCACAGACGACAGCCCGAACCUUCACAAGUUCUGCUAUAAACUGGAGUAUCUAUUGCAAUUUGACCAGAAGGAGAAGCUAACAUUCCUGAGAGCCAGGAAAGACUACUGGGAUUAUUUCUGCGACUGUUUGGCCAAGAUUAAAGGAUCUAAUGAUGGCAUUCGCUUUGUCAAAUCAAUCCCUGAGCUAAAGACGUCUCUAGGGAAGGGGCGAUCUUUCAUACGAUACUGUCUCGUGCACCAGAGACUGGCAGAUACUCUUCAGCAGUGUGUUAUGAACUACGAGAUCACAUGUACAUGGUAUUAUGAACGCAGUCCAUUCCUGAAGUCCCAUCUUAACAUCGAUAUCAUCAACCAUCUGUAUGAACUCAAUGAGAUUCAGUUUGAUGUAGCAUCCAGGGGUCAUGACCUUGACUCUGACUGGCCCACCUUUGCCAGGAAGACUCUGGGAUCAGCAGUUUCAUCUGCCCAUGUGUGGAAACCACCCAGUCGCUGCUCCAGUGUCAACAGUCUGGCCAGCAGUUACUCACAGCAACCUCAGGAGUUUAUUUCAGGCCAGGAUUUUAGUUCCAGUCUUCUAGGUGAUUUGGGGGAGUUGGGUGAGCUCUCCUGUAAUGCUUCUGAGGACCUCCGCAUUGAGCUUGACCAGUCUGAGCUGAAACAACAGGAGCUCCUGAAGAAGAUCCAGCUGCUCACCAAAGAAGCAACUGAUCUGAGGGCUGUGAUCAAGGAUUUAGAGGACCAGCUUUUGGCUUCUAAAAGUUCAAAUCAAGAGAAGGAAAGAGUGCAGUCCAUAGGCUCAGCUGGGGCUGAGCAGGAGGUGUUUAAGGCUGUCAGAGAGUGCACUGAUCGUCUCCAUACCACCACACAAGAAUUGGAGGCUCUCCGAGUUCAAGAGGCUUCAGAACGCAACUUAGAAACCAAGCUGAACAUAGCAGAAAACAGGAACAUGGAGCUGCGGACAAAGCUUGACGGAGCUUUGAGUGAAAAAGAACAGCAGGCCUCCAGCUACUGUGACUCCGCCUGGAAAUUCCAAGAGCUACUGACCAAACUAAAGGAAGUUGAGCAAGAAAGGAUUGAGUUAAAACGAGAAAAAGGUGAAUGUUCCAGACAGGCUGAGCGACUUGCCCAGGAGUUGAAGCAACAGGAGGUGAAACUAAAGGAGGUGGAAGGUAAACUUGAGGCAUGUACUGCAUCUGCCAACAAGGAACGAGCAGACAAAACGCAGCAGGCUGAUGAAAUGCAGAUGACCAUAAAAAGCCUCCAGGGUGCACUCUUACUCCAGGAGCGUGAAGCGGGUAACCUCAACACACAACUACAGGACUUGCAGAGUGCACUAGAAGACAAAGAGUCCAAGCUGGAGGAGCUGAAGAGGAGGACGCAAGAGGGGCUGCAACAGAGAAGUGCACUUAAGGAGCAACUUAAGGAGAAGGAGACAGAGCUACUCAACAACACUCAGAAGGUCCGAAAACUAGAGAAGAACAAUCAGCAAUUGGCAGCAGACAGCCAGAGCUGGCAAGCACAAGCCAAGAAGCUGGAGGAGUACAAGAACCAGUGCACAAGUUUAAUGGAGAUCAACGCCAAGCUGAUUCAGACUGUUAAAAGAAACGAAGAAAGCAGCAAGGAGCUGGCCCAAACCAAUGCUGCUCUACAGAGAGAGCUAAUUACAGCACAGACAUCAGAAGCUCAGUUGAGAACCAGAUUGGAGUCUGCUGGAUUGACAGUGGAUAACCAACACCUAGAAAACUGCAUACCGAAUGGCCAGGUGAAGAAUGAGAAAACAGAGGUGGCAUUGACGAAGUUGGAAACUGAGCACAAAGAACUGGGAAUAGAUGGAAAAGAGAAGAGUAUACCAAAGUUGGAAGAACUAGAGGGUGCUACAGACACCCAAGAGAACAAGAUGUCUUGUAGUCACCUACAGGAGACCAAAGACUCCUUAAGCUCUGAUAAUGAAGAAUCCACUUCUAGGUUGGCUCUGGCUGAGGCCCAACUGGAGCUCAACAUGAAGGAAGUUUGUAGACUUCAGGAGGAGGUUUUAGAGCUCAGGGCACAGCUAUUGGUGAGCUCAGAGGAGAGGGUGAAGAUCCAGGCUCUGCAAGAGGUAACAGAAACUUCUAGAGAAGACCUUCAGACUCAGAUGGAGCAGCUAAAGACUCAGGUGGAAGAACUAAACCGCAGACAUGUAGAGGAACUACUACAUUGCCAAGAAAGAGAAGGAGUACUGGUAAAGGAAAGGGAUAUGGGGGCCAAAGCCCAAGAGAGACUCCAGACGGAGGUAAAUACCAUGCGGGAAGAGCUUCAAGUGUUGAAGAAACACAACGACACACUGAUGCUUGAGAACGGAGAGGCUCGUGAGGCCUUACACAGAGCCAACACGGAAACAGCAGAGCUUGGGGUUAACGUUUGCAUGCUGACGGGGCAAAACGAGGAGGCUAAGCUGAGAUGGGAGGAGCUCUCUACUAAAAUGGAGGAGCAGCAGAAGGCGGCACAGGAGGAGGUGCGAACUUUGAAUGAAUCUGUGGAAGCCAUGAGUAAAGAUAAUGCAAGACUCCUAGAGCAGCUUAAGCAGACUGAGGGACUCCCCAAAACCAUGCAGGAAUUGCAGGAGCAACUUGAACAGGCCAAAGAAGAAGUCAGGAGCCUUCAGGAGAUCCGACAACGAGAGAUGGACAGUCUGAAGUCCCAGCUGAGCGAUGAAGCUGCACAACACGAAAUCCAAGUGCAGGGUCUAAAUGAAGAACUGGAUGAAUUGAGGAAGAAGCUGGAUAUUGAACUUGAGAGAGUGUCAAGUCUUGACUCCAAAGUGUCAGAGCUGGAGUCUGUCAACAGCGACUACAGUCAGAUGAUUAAAAAGAAUGAAGCCCUCAUCGGGAAUUCUGAAACCAUUAUUAACCAGAAAGAGGAACAGAUAAAAACACUCAGAGAGAACUUAUCCAGAGCUGAGGAGCAGUUGGCUCUUGCCCAGCAGUCCUGUCAUGAGCUGGGGGUGAACUUGAGCAGAAGUGCGAUGGAGAAGCAAACCCUUGAGCUGAGGAUGUCUGCUGAGAUAGAUGACCUUUACCGCACCAAGAGGAACCUGGAAGAGCGACUUAUUGAACUUAUAAGGGAAAAAGAUGUGUUGUGGCAGAAGUCGGAUGCGCUGGAGUUUGAGCAGAAACUGAGAGCAGAAGAACAGACAGACCGAGACGUCACAUACUGUCUUACCUGCCGUAGCCAAUUUGGCUGGACCCUGCGCAAAUACAACUGCGGGAUAUGCGGCCGUCCCUUCUGUUACAACUGCUGCAGUCAUGUGGCGAGUGCUCAGCAGGGCGGCCCCAAAGUGCGAUGCUGUAAGGACUGCUUCACUCACAACAGCAACCCACAGGUGGAUUCGAGUACUCCCAAAUCAAGUCCCACCAGAACCAGCAGACAUGGCGUCAAAUGGGAGCCGAAGUCUCCUCAGCCAGACGAUGCAGCGUUUGACGUGAUCUCAGAAGAUGAAGUGAGCUCUGUCCACGACAGUUCACUGUACACCACCGCACUGUCCUCAGAGUCAGAACAACUCAGCAGUGACGUCACAACCACAGAGGACUCGGACGAGCUGAUUGGCUCUGCUCAGGAUGCGGAGAUCCACCUGCUGAAAACUGGAGAGAUGACGUUGAGUGUGGAGUACAGCCUGGAGGAUGUGGUUCAGUUUGGUGGUGAGUUCAGAGAACUCUUCAUCAAGUCCAGCUGUUACAGCGUUGUUCUUAUAACUGCUGCUCAUCCGGGUCAUACGAUCAGCUGGAUCUUCUCCUCUAAAACCAAGAGCAUCGCCUUCAGUGUAGUGUACAGAGAGAAGAAAGACACGCCUCUGGAGCAGGCUAAGGUUCUGAUCCCUCUGACAAGAUGCAACUCUCACAAGGAAACCAUUCAGGGUCAGCUGAAGGUCAGGAACCCUGGAGAAUUCACCCUCAUCUUUGACAACUCCUUCUCCAGGUUUCUUUCAAAGAAAGUCCUCUACAAACUGACUAUAGAGACGCCAGAGGUCCACAAUGGAAGUGAUUCUCCUUAAACAGGAAAACAUCUCAUGCACACACACAUAUAUAUAUAUUUAUAAAGCCAAGUGGGCAUUGCUGCUUUGAAGGAAUUUUGUGGCCUUAUAAGGAAAAAAAUCAAGAAUAUGCUUUUAUAUUUCUUAGUUUUAACCCCAAAACUAAGAAAAAAAUAAAUAAAUAUUAGUUUAAACAGAUUAAACAUAUUGUAGGACUAUUUUGCAAUAUUACUUUAUAUAUUUAAACAUAUGUCAAUGCAGUAUUGGUUAUACUGCUGUUGCUUUAAAUAAAAAAAAUCACUGUACUUUAGUAUUUUUAUCACAGAAAAACAAAUGAUUAUAUUAAAAAAUUAAGAAUGUAAUAAAAAUAAUCUCUUAAAAUAAUAUGAACAAUUGACACAUUACAGUUACGACAAUUUCAGGGAAAAGGGCAUUUUUUGUCAUUAAACUAUUGUCACAAUUGUACAUUUUUUAUAUAAAAAUAAGCUUCAGUUUUCCUGUUUGGGUAAAAAAUGAUCCAGUCAAAUGAUCCAUUAACCAUAUAAUUAAAAAAUAAUGUACUGCCACAAGUGCAAACUUUAAUAGACUUAUUAUUUUUAGACUUAACAACCACGCUGACAAAUUUAACACUGAAACAUGAAGGAUGUGGACAAGAAAAAAUAAAUGAAGCCCACAAGUAAAGCUGUGUGGUCAGGAGGGAAAUGUCCAUGUCUAUAUGAAGGAUUUGAUUGCAGAUUAUGCACUACAUAAAAGCUUUAUACUUUUGAAGUGAGAUUUACUAUAGCUACUAAUGUGACUUUAGUGUAUGGACAGAUACGUCCGUCUGUCUGUUUGACAUUCCUUUAUGCCAAAUAUUCAACUUGCACAAAUGCAUAAAAUGGGAAAAAUGUUUGGAGCCUUAAUGGAUUUAUAAAUGGAAAAAUACCAAACGUUUGCAUCAAUGUACACUCAAAUAAAUAAUAAAAUGCUGGGUUAUUUUCAACCCAAUGUUGGGUCAAAAAGGGACAAAGCCAACCCGUUGUAAUUUAACUUAUGCUGUGUUGUUUCAAACCAAAGUACUGGGUUGUUAACUCGUUAUUAGGUCAAAUAUAGACAUUUACGGCUUGUUUUUUUCCUUUUUGACCCAGAGUUGGGUUGAAAAUAACCCAGAAGUCAUUAAUGAACAAAUCUAUUUUUCUUAUGAGAUUACAGAUACUCUAGUGCUCUUUUUAAAGGUCUUAAGUAAUUACGAUUUCUAUGCAGACGUAAUAUUUGUAUUCAUAAAAGGGUAAUUACGAUGUGUAAUAAGUCUUAAAUGUUUAUGUCAUGCAAACAUUUAUGAGCUGCUUUGUGUUUUGCAUUAAUAAGGUUUUGUUUGUAGAAAGUAAUGAUGAUAGAAAUAACAGCAGCUCAUGUUAGAUGCUGUAAAUGACACUUUGACUAUUGUAUGUUACAUUUUCGUUGGUUCUCCACUGUUGCACUUUCUAAAUGUUUUUUAGAGUCUAAUACGGUACUAAUCAAGACAGAGAAACUAGUUUUAAUAUUCUGUCUAAUUUCUGUAUGCGGCUAAUAUUGCGGCUGGUUUGAAAUGAAGCUAUUGAAUUAAACCUUCUCAUUAGUGUGA